GGUGUUUCCCGGCCUCAUCAGCGUUCGACGUAGAGACUGUCUAAAAACGCUUUUGUCAGUAGAAAAAUGACGUUCUCUUUUCUCUGCGGCAAGCGUGCUUCCUGCUAUUAUUUUAACAACGACGGCCUAUUUGGUAAUUCCAUAAAAAAGCUGGGGCAGUUGUGAAUUAGCUUUAUAACAAGCAGUGAUAGGCCGUGGUCGAAAGAAUCUACUCGGACAGCAGCAGCACCUCUUUCUCUUUCACUCUCCCAAGACAUCUUACUUUAAACUUUGAAAUUCCUUUUUAGCCCCUAUCAUAAUCACACUUCAAGCAAAUAAAAAUUCCAUUGGAAAUCUUCAGAGAGAGAGAGAGACACAGAGAGAGAGAGAGAGAGAGAGAGGAUGGAGAAGAAGGUUCUUCUAAUAUGCUUUUCAGUGGGAUUUCUUGCGGUAGUGACUGCCGCUUUGGGUUUUGCUGCAGAGGCUAAAAGAGUUAAGGUUUCUGAUGUUAAACUGUCUCCACUUGGCACAUGCACAUAUCCAAGGAGCCCAGCUCUACCCCUUGGAGUAACUGCAGGAGUGGCUCUUAUGGUAGCACAAGUGAUUAUUAACACUGCAGCUCGGUGUGUCUGUUGCAAGAGAAACCCGCAUCCUUCGACGGCCAAUUGGUCAAUAGCACUGAUCUGCUUUGUCGUUUCUUGGGUCACUUUUAUAAUAGCAUUUCUCCUGCUGCUAACGGGCGCUGCACUGAAUGACCAACAUGGUGAAGAGAAGAUGUACUUUGGCAACUACUGUUUUGUCGUCAAGGCUGGGGUUUUCGCUGGUGGGGCAGUAUUGUCCCUUGCAAGCAUUUCUCUCGGAAUCAUCUAUUACAUCACUCUAUCAUCGGCUAAGAGCAUAGAGCCUUGGGGCCCACAAAACAAUCAAGGCAUCGCAAUGGGGACCCCACAUAUCCCGCCUCAGAACCUCCAAACAGUCUUUGUGCCCGAGGACACUUACAACAGGCGGCAGUUCACUUGACUUUGCGGCCUCCCCUCCGGGGAAAUAUGCAAAUGUUGUUCAAUCUUGUAUGAUCACUUGGGCUUUCUUCUCUGCAGAUUUUCUUUUGAAUCCUAUGUUCUUGAUGGAGUAAAGAUGCAAGAUAUAUAUACCUCCGGUUCGUUGUGAUUUUAACACGAAAAGAGGCGCUGGUGUAUCAUCUUUGUGUCUCAAGGGAAGAGGAUCAGAUGAUCUUUCAAAUGUAAGGUAAUGUUGGAGGGUAAAGAGCUAUUAUGUGUUAUGUACUCUCUGUAAAUUGCCUAUUGCUGAUACAACUCCGAUGAACUGCCGAUAAAUAUCGGAUGUAGUCUUCUCAGGUUUUCAGUUUUGAAAAUAGGCUGUGAUCUGUGCCAUUCAUAUGAUGGGACUUAGAGCUUGGGUGGAUCAUACCCUAUAAAUCUCCCAGAUAAGAAGCUCCUAGCCAUCCAAUGUUUGUACUUAUUAUGUUGAAUGUGACUGUUUACAAGUUGAAGAGUUGAUAUCAUUCUAGCA